AUGGAAUACCUCUACUAUUGGACUGAUUUCCCCUUCGGAAAACCACUGAAAUCGCUCGACCAUCAAAUUCUGGACGAAAAGUAUCGUCAGAAUAUUUUGGACUUCAACUUGAAGUUUUCCAGCACACAUGACUAUUUCCAUUUGAUUUUUAUCCUUUUUGGAUAUAUUUCCAUCAUUCUCUACCACACUCGACACCAGGUCCCAAUCUAUCAACAGAAAUUUCAUAAGAAAAGAAUCUACCUCUAUGUGCACAUCUUUACAGGCAUAACAGAAGUAUGCCGAUAUCGGCUCCGUGAGAAGUCUCACGGCCAUUCCAAUAUCUUACCCAGCACUCUAGAUAUAUUGUCCUGCUUUAUUUGGAGCUGGACAAGUCUCGAACUUGUGAAGACGCUCCGUCGAGGAGAUCCACGGACCACACGACCUCCUUACCAGGCCGGGGCUAUUCUACGCCCCGUAGUAUCCCUGGCGUCUUACCUCCUUCAUAUACCCAGCCUACAUAGAGUCUCAAUAUCUGCACUAGAUAGUUUUAUCUAUGCUCGUCUUGCGAUUUUCUUCUUCUGCUACACGCCAUAUAUCCAAUCCUAUCGUUCUAGCACGAUCUACGCUAUCUCAAUUCCACUGGCUGCGGCUAUAAGCAUUCAUGAAAGCCGGGUCCCUGGAGCAUCUGUGAUAUUCAUUCUUGCGACGGCGUAUAUUGCACGUCUCAAUGAAUGGGUCACACGUCAAUCCCGUUUUUUAAGAGAGUCGGAAGAUUCUUCAAAAGUUUCAACGCACUGGAGAACUCUGAUAUCUACGUUGGUGAGAGUUGGAUUCGCGGAGCUGGAAGAAUUACAGGCAGUAGCAAGUCUCAAAGAAUUGGAGAGACCUGUAAAUGAUGAGUAUGUUCCAGUUCCAUUCAGAGAAAUGAAACAACGAAAGGAUAAAUAG